GGCAAGGACCAGUCUGCUGUAGUAUUAUACAAUUUCUCAAAAAUCCUUCAUGUGAAGGCAAACAAAAGCAGCGAGCAGCUGUGCGUCUGCUCCCCAGUCACGGUCAUGUGCGUCAGUCAUGCAGUUAGCGUGCCCCUCAGUCGGAGCUGACAAGGCGUGCGCUAAGUGAACCUGACAUCACAAGUUCUGGUCUUUGGGAGUUAGCUGCACAUCUUAAUGAUGUCUCAGAAAAGUCAGAGGGCUGAAUCUUAUACAGAGACUAGUGCAAACAAGAUUGCUUGAAAAGGCAAUUGGUGGUAGGAUGCUAUGAAGAGAAGUAAGGCAGUAAUACUAGAGAAAGAAAAGAAAUGAAGAAGGGAUACUGCAGAAAGAAAACAGAAAGAAAAAUGGGACGAUUAUGACAACGGGAUAAAUACUGAAGCUGAAUCUCCUUUGUAGUUUUUCCUGCUCUCAUGGAAACAAGACAAGUUUAAGGUGAAGGUGAGGUCUUAAAAGCCAUAGCAGGCCAGCUUCCUCAAAGUGUUGGUGGAUACAAGACUUGUGCUGUGGCUGGCAAGAUGCACCAGGUUAUUUGAGUCCCUACAUAUUUUACCAAUGACAUAUGGAGAGCAAACUUUCUCAGAGUGGGAGGAAGAGGAGACGUAGGGCGGAAGGUUUAUGUUGUUCUGUUUCAGAGACAGUGAAAACCUAAAAAUUUCCAGAGCGUUUAUCUACAAAUGUGUACCUACAAAUGUCGUCAGCACCACUGUCUGGUUGCAAACUCUGCUGUCAAGGUCCUGCUUUGAAGAACAAAACAGACACGCACACACACACACACACACACACACAAAAAAAAAAAAAAAAAAAAAGGAAAAACCCAAAACCAAACCCAAGAGGAGAAGAGUCACCUCUGAGUCGGUAGCUGGGAAGCAGGAAUAGAGUUGUGGCCUAUUCUGGAGCCACUUGACGUUCCUGGAGCUACUCCGGCAAAGGGCCCAGAAAACACAGGACUUCUCAGUCUGACACCACCCUCUCACUUGGAUCUGGAGGCUGCUUCGAAGAGGAUGGUUCAUUUAACGAGGAAUUAUGAGGGAAUAAUAUAAUUGAAAGCCAGCUCUCGUAGCCUUCAUGAAUGAGCACAGCAUUUUGACAGACGAGAAAGUGCAGGAGUUUCAACCUGGCUGCUAUCAGGAAGUACUGGAAACCCAGCCUGAACCCAGAUUUCCACAUAAAAGAUGCUUACCUGCAAUGGAAGAGCUUCUAGAGAGCUGCCUAUGACAACACACUGUUAUUUUUAGUGAAGAACUUGAUACCUCUGCCUGCUCUGUUUCUCUUCGGGACUACAACCUGCACUCCACACUUUUGCAGCAGCUUCGCAGAGCUCUGAGCUCCUCACCUGGGCCAUCAAUUCCCCGUAGCUAAAGCAUGGCCUUGCAGGGGACUCUGCUGAUUUACCCUCAGCUGCGGACUCAGCCCCAGCCCUCACAACCUGUCAUUUAUUACGGAGCUUGCCUGCCUUUUCCCCCAGUUAAAUAAGUCAAAUUACAUGAUGAUUGAGGAUAAUAAAGAGAAUGAAGACCAUGCAUCUGAAAGAGGGAGAACAGCCAUCAUUUUUUCCUUGAAGAAUGAAGUCGGAGGACUUGUAAAAGCAUUAAAACUCUUUCAGGAGAAGCAUGUAAAUCUGGUGCACAUUGAGUCACGGAAGUCCAAGAGACGAAAUUCUGAGUUUGAGAUCUUUGUGGACUGUGACAGUAACAGGGAACAACUGAUUGAGAUCUUCCAGCUCUUGAAAUCCCAUGUAAACGUUAUCUCUAUGAACCCGACAGAGCAUUUCAACGUUCAGGAAGAUGACAUGGAGAAUGUUCCCUGGUUUCCGAAGAAGAUCUCAGAUUUGGAUAAGUGUGCAAACCGAGUGCUGAUGUAUGGGUCCGAUUUGGAUGCUGACCAUCCCGGUUUCAAAGACAAUGUCUAUCGCAAGAGGCGGAAGUAUUUUGCAGACCUGGCUAUGAACUACAAACAUGGUGACCCAAUUCCCAAGAUUGAAUUUACUGAGGAGGAGAUCAAGACUUGGGGGACUGUGUACCGAGAGCUUAACAAGCUUUACCCAACUCAUGCCUGCAGAGAGUACCUUAAAAACUUACCCUUGCUCACCAAAUAUUGUGGGUACAGGGAAGACAAUAUCCCCCAGCUGGAAGAUGUGUCCCGCUUCCUGAAAGAGCGCACAGGUUUCACCAUUCGCCCCGUUGCUGGAUACCUAUCACCCAGAGACUUCUUGGCAGGAUUAGCAUUCAGAGUUUUUCACUGCACUCAAUAUGUUAGACACAGCUCGGACCCUCUCUAUACACCAGAGCCUGAUACCUGCCAUGAGCUCCUAGGCCACGUCCCUCUUUUGGCUGAACCCAGUUUUGCUCAGUUCUCCCAGGAAAUUGGUCUUGCAUCACUUGGGGCAUCAGAUGAGGCUGUCCAAAAACUGGCAACAUGCUACUUCUUCACUGUAGAGUUUGGCUUGUGCAAGCAAGAGGGACAGCUACGAGUUUAUGGGGCUGGCUUGCUCUCUUCAAUUAGUGAGCUCAAGCACUCGCUCUCUGGCAGUGCCAAAGUCAAGCCUUUUGAUCCGAAGGUCACCUGCAAGCAAGAAUGCCUCAUCACAACUUUCCAGGAGGUUUACUUUGUUUCUGAAAGUUUUGAAGAAGCAAAGGAAAAGAUGAGAGAAUUUGCAAAAACCAUCAAGCGCCCAUUUGGCGUGAAGUACAAUCCAUAUACUCAAAGUGUGCAGAUCCUGAAAGACAUGAAGAGCAUUGCCAGUGUGGUGAAUGAGCUACGUCAUGAGCUGGACAUUGUCAGCGAUGCCCUCAGCAAGAUGGGCAAGCAGCUGGAAGUUUAGGAGUCAGCAGUGUGGUGCACUCAGCCACUCUUCUCUUUUCCCUACUGAUUUCUUUCUAGGCAUGUAAUGUGUUGUAUGCAAAACUCUCUCCUUUACAAAUGGAAGAGGGAAUAGCCCAUAAAGAUAAUAAUUUUAUCGUGUUGUAAAGCCCCUUACAGAAUGUAUUUCUCCCUUGAACAAAAAAGGCCUGGAGUUGCCUUUGAGAAGAUGGUGGGAGAGUAGAGAAAUUGCUAGACUGGAGCAGAAGUGUGGUCUGCGGAUCAGGGUUGGGAUCAGGUGCUGCAGAAGGUGGCUUAUGAGGCAAUAAUGGAAUAAUUCACCACAGGGAAAUGCCCUUUUCUGACUCUAGUAGUCUAUGCUGCUAAUUUGAUAGCAUUGCAGACUUCAUAGCGUAGAAGCUAUAGCGAUCAGUGCUUCUAAGUCUGUGCUACUAAGUUUAAAACUUGAAUGAUUACAAUGCAGACAUCAGGACACAAAUAGCUGGAGGUUCAUCAUGAUAAAAUCAAGGGGGUCAAAUCUUGCUUUCAAAGGGAUCGUUCUUGCCCCCUGAAAAUUUCAAAUGGUCCUGUUUGGUGUGCUUCUAGUGUAAGGCAGAGAUACAGAGCUGUAGCAGGAAAUCCUAAUUCUAUUUAUUUUAAGAGAGUUCUAUCAGCUCAGAGAGUCAGGAUUUUUUUUGCUGUCCUUGAUACUGCACUUGAGGGAAGACCUUUCCUUAUGGGAAUACCAUUUGCCUUUUUCCUGGUUGAAUUAAUUUAGCAAAAAAUGUAGCAAGCCAUCAGGUACUGACUUAGCACAAAGCCUGAAACCAUUUCCAAAUUACAAUUUAAUAUUCAAAAUAGUUUCAUCAGUUCUAAAAUAACACCAAUGUUUAAAAUAACAGCCAAAGUUUAUAGUCUAGUCUGGCUUUUUGUAAGUAUCCUGUUAAUUGCUUGGUCACUUUACUGACCUGCACAAAGAUAUGUUUUUCUUCUUCCUUACUAGGCCUCAACAUCUUAAUUCCCUAUCAAGCCAAUGAUAACUGAAAGGCCCAAGCAUUAAUAGGAAU